AUGGAGAAGAAGCCUCUGCUCGGAGGCGAGGGCAGCGGCGUUCGAUCGGCGGUCUUCAGACGCCGCUCCGAUGCCAUCACCUUUGGCUCUCCUUAUCAGAAAGCUGCCGCACUCGUCGAUUUGGCGGAAGAUGGCGUUGGCUUGCCUGAGCAGAUACUUGAUCAAGAAAAUUUCCAGAGUGCGGCAAAGUAUUACUUUCUUUAUGUUCGAUUUAGCUUCCUUUGGGCCUUCCUAUAUUUUGCUCUCAUAAUACUCAAUUUCCUUGAGAAACCUCUAUGGUGCGCGAGGUAUACUGAAUAUACAUGUAGUGACAGAGACUACUACUAUCUUGGGGAGUUGCCAUACUUAAAUGCUGUUGAGUCGCUUAUUUUUGAGGCUGUAAUGUACUGA